UAUGCAUACGUAUUUACUCCCUCCAUAUUAUGUACAAUGAACAAAGGCAGGGAGAGGAUUUAAUUUAAUCUAAUAUAAUUUAAUUAAUCAGUCAGCAGCAGCAGCAGCAGCGCCAUUGAUGGAGGAUCUGAAGCCAUGCCCGGCGAAUUCCUGCCCGCUAACCCCACUCAGCUUCCUGGAGAGGGCCGCCGUCGUCUACGCCGACUGCCCUUCCGUCGUCCACCACCGCAGAAUCUACACGUGGUCGGAGACCCACGCCCGCUGCCUCAAAGUCGCCUCAUCCCUCGCCUCCCUCCGAUUCCCCGCCGGCGCCGUCGUGUCGGUGGUGGCGCCGAAUAUCCCCGCCAUGUACGAGCUCCAGUUCGCGGUGCCAAUGGCCGGCUGCGUUCUCAACAACAUCAACACCCGACUCGACGCCAGGACCGUCGCCGUCAUCCUCCGCCACAGCGACUGCAAGGCGGUGUUCGUCGACUCCCACCACCGCCGCCUCGUCGAGAAAGCCGCGUCGCUCCUCCCCACUCCCAGCCGUCCGAUUCUCAUCGUCAUAUCCGACGGCCAGGAUGAGCCCGAGGAAAACGACGAUCCGCCGUCACGAACCUACGAGGGAAUGGUACGGACAGGAAACCCAGAGUUCGAUUGGGUCCGGCCGAAGAGCGAAUGGGAUCCGAUGACCCUUAAUUACACGUCGGGGACCACUUCUUCUCCCAAGGGCGUCGUCCAUUCUCAUCGAUCCAUUUCCAUUAUUACCGUCGAUUCUCUCCUCAAUUGGUCGGUCCCUAAACAGCCUGUCUACCUCUGGACACUGCCGAUGUUCCAUUCCAACGGCUGGAGCUACACCUGGGGCAUGGCAGCCGUCGGCGGGACCAAUGUCUGUCUCAGAAAAUUCACCGCCGGCGACCUCUACGCCGCUAUUUAUUCUAACAAUGUCACUCACAUGUGCGGGGCGCCGGUGAUUCUGACGAUGUUGGCGAAUUGCGCCGUCGCGAGGCGGCUGAGGAGCCCGGUUCAGUUCAUGACCGGCGGCGCUCCGCCGCCGCCGUCGGUGGUGCUACGGGCGGAGGAGUUGGGGUUUGUGGUGAGCCAUGGGUAUGGGUUGACGGAGGUCGCCGGAGUGGUGGUGUCGUGCGCCUGGAAAUUGAGCUGGAAUAGGUUUCCGGCGGCGGAGAGGGCGAGGAUGAAGGCGCGGCAGGGGGUUAGGACGGUGGGCCUGACGGCGGCGGACGUGGUGGAUCCGGUGACGGGGGAGAGUGUGAGGAGGGAUGGGGUGGAGAUGGGUGAGAUCGUGCUCCGGGGAGGGUCUUUAAUGCUUGGGUAUCUGAAAAAUCCGGCGGCGACGGCGGAGAGUUUGAGGGGCGGGUGGCUGUACACCGGCGACGUCGGGGUUAUGCACCCCGACGGGUACAUGGAAAUUAAGGACAGGUCGAAGGACCUGAUCAUAAGCGGCGGGGAGAAUGUGAGCAGCGUGGAGGUGGAAUCUGUUCUGUACACGAAUCCGGCGGUGAAUGAGGCGGCGGUGGUGGCGCGGCCGGAUGAUUUCUGGGGGGAGACGCCGUGCGCAUUCUUGAGCUUGAAGGAAGGGGUGAGGCGGGCGCCGCCGGAGAAGGAGGUGAUAGAGUUUUGCAGGGCGAGGAUGCCGCAUUUCAUGGUGCCCAAGACGGUGGUGUUCAUGGCGGAGCUGCCCAAAACCGCCACCGGGAAGGUGCAGAAGUAUGCUCUUCGGGACAUCGCUAACAAAAUGGGGGCGCUUGCCACGGCGGCGACGGCGACGGCGAGUCGGAUUUGAUUUAAAGACGGUAAUAUUGAAUUUAUUUAAUUAUUUUUUAUGGGUAAUUUCUGCUACACGAAAUUCUUUAUUAGUAUUAUUAUUAUAAGCUUACAUACGGUGUUAUUCCUGGUAUAAAUGUGAACCUACUCAUGUACCAUUUAUUUUUCUUUUAUUUUAUUAUUUUACAUA